AUAAUCUAUAUAACGCACAAAAACCACAAAACCGGAGGAGUAAUAGCCAGUUGGAAAUCCGCCCCUCUCUCUUAAACUGUUCUGUUAUAAUGACAAGAAUCAAUCCAAUAGCUUAAACGAAACUCACACCCGGUCCCUCCUCCCCCCUCUCUCUCUAAACUCUCGCUCUAAACUAACGUUCUAUAAUGCCUUUGUGUAAGUAUUGAAGCUUGUUGUAGUUGUUGUGUUUGAGAGAGCCUUCACCGGCAAAGAUGUCGUCGGGCUUCUCAGGGGAAGGUCCUGGCUUUUACACCGCCGGCGGGAUCAGUGGAAGAUCUAUCAGCAUGAACAAUUCUCAGAUUCCGUACCGGUCACAGCUCGCCGGAGUUCUCGCCGAUCCGUCUUCUCAGAUCCUCCAUCGCCAGACUGAUUUGAUCGGCAAACGAUCUCUGGCGGAGUUCCAAAUCCAACAACACCACCAACUCCCUCUCUACCAACAACAACAGCACCCUCUCUACCAACAACAGCAGCAACAACAAAGUUUAGGGCUUUAUCUCAGGCAUGUGAAGGCAAGAACUUACCAACACACCUCUCCGAUCUCUCCUCUAUCCCCUAUAGAUUUCUCUGCUUCAAUUUCACCGGAAACAACUCCGACCACAAUUUCUUCUUCUUCCUCAAGAGCGAUGUCUUCUGCGCGGUAUGGGUUACCGAUUCUUCAACAACUCCGACCACAACCCAUCAAUCCCUGCAACGGAAACGGUAUCAUACCUUCUUCUGCUAACCCUAAUUUCUCCUCUGCUUCGUACCCAAAUUUGGCUCAAAACAGAGUUGCUAGUCAUGAAUCGGUGGGGCAAGAAUCUGAGAAGAAGAUGAUGUAUCAGCUACAAGAGAUCGAGAAACAGCUCUUAGAUGACAGCGACGACGAAGAAGGCGACACUGUAUCUGUAAUCACCAACAGCGAGUGGUCGGAAACGAUUCAGAGCCUCAUCAGUCCCGGUGGUCAGAAGCCCAUUUCACCGUCUCCGACCUCAUCUUCAUCCUCGUGCUCGUCUUCAUCGGCUUCUCCGCCAACUGUAUGUCCCAAACAGUCGUUAAUGGACGCUGCAUCGGCAAUUUCCGAAGGAAAAACAGAGGCUGCAACAGAGAUCCUCACUCGCCUGAGCCAGAUUUCCAACCCGAAGGGCACUUCCGAGCAGAGGUUAACGGCGUACAUGGCGUCGGCGCUACGGUCGCGCGUGAACCCCACCGAAUAUCCUCCUCCGGCGGCUGAGCUUUACGGCAAAGAUCACACAGACUCAACUCAAAUGCUAUACGAAGUAUCCCCCUGUUUCAAGCUCGGUUUCAUGGCGGCCAAUCUCGCAAUCCUCGAAGCCAUAUCGCAGCAAAAGCUCAAUAAGCUUCAUGUGGUCGAUUUUGAUAUCGGCCAAGGCGGUCAGUAUAAGCAUUUGAUUCACGCGCUCGCCGCAAAGAAGGGCGAGAGAAUUAGCUUAAAGAUCACCACUUUCAUGGACUUUGCGAAUGGAAGUGAAGAGCGGUUGAGGAUGGUCGGAGAAGGACUCAAAGCAGUCGCGAACAAGGACGGAGUUUGUUUGAAUUUCAGUGUUUUGAGCCUCAAAAUAUGUGAUCUUAGUCUGCAGACAUUGGGUGUGGAGUCUGAUGAGGUUCUCGCCGUGAAUUUCGCGUUUUUGCUGUAUAAGUUGCCAGACGAGAGCGUGACGACGGACAAUAUGCGCGACGAGAUGCUCCGUCGUGUGAAGGGGCUAGCCCCGGCGGUGGUGACGGUUGUGGAGCAGGAGAUGAACGCGAAUACGGCGCCGUUCGUGGCGCGUGUGUCAGAGGCGUGUGGGUAUUUCGGGGCGUUGUUCGACUCGCUCGACUCGACCCUUUCAAAGGAUAAACUGGAGCGAGUUAAGAUCGAGGAGGGACUGGGUCGGAAAGCGGCGAACUCGGUUGCGUGCGAAGGGAGGGACCGCGUUGAAAGAUGCGAGGUGUUCGGCAAGUGGCGGGCCCGGAUGGGCAUGGCUGGGUUCAAACUGAAACCGCUGAGUCAAAGCGUCGCUGAGUCGCUCCGAUUCAACUCAGGCACUAGAUUCAAUGUCAAAGAAGAAACCGGAGGGAUCGGCUUUGGUUGGAUGGGACGAACACUAACCGUCGCAUCUGCGUGGAUUUAACUUUCAUUUUCCUUUCCAUCCUAUUCCCCCCUCUCUCUCUCUCUCUCACUGUCUGUCUCUAAAAAGUAUUAAUUGUUAUAUAAUUAUGGUUUUUAUGAGAAGAAAAGAAAGACCCACCAAACAAAGUUUUAUAAUAAACGGCGUGUUUGGACAUGAGGAAGAAUAGAGAAGCUGCAUUUGUUAGUUUGUUUUACAAAAAGUAGUAGUGGUGGUGUUUGGCAUAUUAUGCUGACUUGUAUGUAUUUCGUUAUCCCCUCUCAAUGGAGGGCUCCACUCUUAAGAUUAUAUUUUUCAUU